CCUCCAGUGUUUGUCACUUACCUGUCAUGGCUUCACGUGUGGCUCUCAUUCAAGGCGCAAGCAGAGGACUGGGGCUUGAAUUUUGCAAACAUAUCUUAAAAAACAAAAACCCUGCAGCCGUUAUAGCGACAUGCAGGAACCCGGACGGAGCGACCGAGCUGCGGGCACUGGCAGACCAACACCCGGGCCAAGUGACGGUCCUCAGGCUGGACGUGGGCCGGGAGGAGGACAUCCGUGGAGCUGCUGACCGGGUUAAGGAGAGCUUCGGUCGGCUGGAUCUGAUCGUCAACUCUGCGGCCAUGCUUCACCCCUCUGGAAAAGGAGAGACCAGUCUGAGAGAGGUCACUGCCCAGGGCAUCAUUGCCACCCUGACGACCAACACAGUGGGUCCCCUGGUCAUGGCCAAGUAUUUUGCCCCCCUCCUUCAGAAGGGUGGAGGUAGUUUCGGUCAACAGCCUUCUGAGAAAGCCAAGCAGCACAGCGGCAUCAUCGUCAACAUUACCGCCAAAGUGGGAUCGAUUGGCGACAACGGUCUUGGUGGUUGGUACAGCUACAGAAUGUCCAAAGCAGCUCUUAACAUGGCGACCAGGAAUCUGUCUAUAGAGCUGGGACGCAGUCGACCAAAGGUGGUGUGUGUGUGCUUACAUCCAGGAACAGUCAACACAGACCUCUCCCGGCCAUAUCACAGGAAUGUACCAAAAGAGAAGUUGUUUAGCACCGAACAAUCUGUAAGCGCUCUGAUGAACAUCAUAGAGACACUGAGUAUUGAGAAGACUGGAAAGGCGUACAACUGGGACGGGACUGAACUUCCUUGGUAGAAACAGUAGAUGGACAAAGAGAGAUUAAUUGUUUUACCUCUCUUCUUGGUGCUAAAUCUCUGUGCUUUCAAGACUGUGCAACAAGCUGAACUUAUAAGGACAUUCCUAGUGGAAUGAAAGACAACCUCUUUUAACUUCCUCAGAACCAGACAAAGUGCUUAAAUCAUCUUUAAUAUUAUCCUGUUCAUGAUGUGGAUUUGAAACAAUAUGUAUUAAUGAUGUAAUGUAGCACAGCAAGUUUCUCCCUGUUUCAAGUCUUUGAUUUAUGCUAAGCUAACCACCGCUUACUUGUAACUUGAGAUACUGAUCCUCUCAUCUUACAUGCUGCCAGAAAGCAAAUAAAAGCAUAUUCUGAAAAA